AUGUCAUCAAUUUUGUCUUGCUAAUUACGAUGACUAGACGUUACUGUACAACUCAAUUUUAAUUAUUUUCUCUUCAGCUUGAUUCAUCCAUUGAUCACAAUGCUUCGAAAGAGUUUCAAUCUGGAUCUGUAGCACUUGUAAGUGCUAACAAGGCAAAUUACGGUUCAUUAUCAAGUCGAAACAGUCAGAUUGACAUCGAUUUUCAAUUGAUGAGACUUGGAGAUAGUGAUGGUAUGACUAAAUGGUCGAAAGUGAUCAAUUCUAUUCAUGGAUAUAUUGAACAGAAAAUUACCAGUGAUUUCUUUUAUGAAUUACGAGAAUGUCUUCGCGACACAAAUUUGAAUGAAGAUGCGAGAUUUUGCGCACUCAUACAGCUGCUGAAUUGUGUGCUGCAUCCGCAUAAAGUGACCGGCAAUUACAAACCAACAGUUGUUACUGCAUUGGAGGAGUCUAUAUUAUUUGCCGCUUCUGAUGAAGAUGCCAACAUAAAAUUGUACGCAGUUUACAGGCGCUAUCAGGAUUUUGGACUUCCUGUUUCACCAAAGUUAAUUUUUUUUGGAAAAAACUGCAAAAACCUCACUGAGAUUCGAUGACCCGAGUGUAAUGCAAGCAUCAAGGAGUUGGAGUUACUCUCAGACACCUGCUACACCUAAAAUAAAUUGUUUUGUAGGAGCAUGUACGAGGUGCUUCAAUGUAGCUACAACAUAUAUCGAACAUUUAAAAAACGAGCAUCGCAUUCCGAAUAACUACCGCAUUACAUGUACAUAUUGUAAUAGUUGUGAUCUAGUUUUUCUAAAAUUUUACUCGUUCAAGCGCCAUGUUUUUAAUCACAAAUUCAUCGAUCACUCGCCAAUCUGUUGUGAGAAAUCCUUUAAAAACGCUGACGUAAAUCAUUAUUUGACAUGUCAUUCGAAUGAAAGCAUGAAAAACACGAAUGAACACGACGUAAAUAGCUCGCACUUGGCCGAUGAAACCGUUCCAUCAAUUAUAUUGAAUUUUUUGUUGAAUUUACAUAAAAGGAACAAUUUGACAAGGUCUGAUGUAAAAAGUAUUGUAGCAAAUGUGCAAGAGAUACACACAAAUAUAGCUAACUGUUUAAGGAAGUUACCAAUAUUAUUUGAAAACGACGAAUCAGCACUUGAACUGCAAAAUUUUAUAGAAAAAUUAGUACAUUCGUUUGAUAGUAUUGACAGCGACUAUAAAUUUAUCAGCUACUUAGAAAUGAAUAACUUAUAUAAACCGCCUAUCAUACAUCAAUUGAAAACCGAUGAAAUGAAAACACAUUAUACAGCUAUUACAGAUAUAGAAUUUCAGUUGAAAACAUACUUUGAAUCGUACAAUGUAUUCAAUAAGACAGUGCAAUACAUGUGUGAACUAGAAAAGUCAGGCAGAAUAUCGAAUUUCGUUAACGGUUCAACAUGGAAAAGAGUCAAAAUGAAAUAUCCGCAUGAUACAGUGCUACCAUUGUCUUUUUACACUGACGAGUUCGAGAUUAAUGAUAAUUUAAGCUCCCACAACAAAAGAGAUGUAGUUUGCGGGAUGUACUAUACCUGUUUAACGACACCUAUUGAGUAUUCGAGUAAACUGUCAAACAUAUUUGUAGCUGGCGUAAUGAAAAAAGUGACAAUCAGUAAACUAGGAGUCAAUGCGUUAAUUGCUAGCAUAGUCGAUAAAUUCAAGAGAAUUGAAGAAAAUGGCGUAGAGAUAACAACGGAGGGUCAAACACGUAUGGUUAAAUUUGUUUUAGUACUAGUUCAAGGAGAUAAUUUAGGCAUCCACACAAUGCUUAUGUUUUCGAAUAGCUUUAAUGCGAAUUUUUACUGUAGAUUUUGUAAGCGGCAUAGAGACUUAAUGGAGCAUGAUUGCGACGAAUAUAUCGUUGAACUUCGCACAAUCGAAAAUUAUGAAGAGGAUGUAAAGAUUAAUGAUUUGAAAUGCACUGGGAUAAAAGGAGAAUCUGAAUUUAAUAAACUACCUUCUUUCCACGUAAUACUAAAUCAGACAGUAGAUGCUAUGCACGAUUAUUUUAGUAAUGGUAUUCUGAAAUAUGGUUUUACUAAUGUGUUGAAUUACAUUGUAUUUAGUAAGAGCUUUUUGACAAUCUCGCAGCUAAAUGCUAGUCGCAGAGCAAUUAGUAAGCAUGCAAUUGAAGAGUCACUAGCACGAAUGCCUGAUUUUGAUUAUGUGUAUGAUUCAGUUAACAAGAAAAAAACCAUUAGAUUUAGAACAACGGCUAGUGAAAUGCGUACUUUUUGUUACUAUUUCACGUUUAUAGUAGGCCCUUUCGUCCCAUUUGGUGAUCCUGUAUGGGAAUACGCAAAAUUAUUAGUAGUACUGGUAGAGUUAGUAUUGGCUCCGUCGUUUUCUCUAUCGGAUAUUGAAAAAUUGAAAGCAUGUGUACACAAACAUAACUUGCUUUAUCAAGAAAUUUUCGGAGAGGUUCUGAAACCUAAACAUCAUUUUUCUGUACAUUACGCUUCUGUCAUUUUGAAAAGUGGACCAAUCUCAAAAAUGAUGACUUUUAGACAGGAAGCCAAGCAUAAAAUUUUCAAGCAAUAUGCUCAUGUCACAUCGUCCAGAAAAAACAUUUGCUAUACGAUUUGUGUUAAGGCUUGUUUACAAUUUUCUCACGAUGCUUACAAUAAUAAUUUCUUCAAAAGUGAUUUCGAAACAUCGUUUGAGCAUAUUAUUUUUAAAAAUAGAUCAUAUUUCAAAAAUCUGGUCAUGAGUAACUGCAUAAAUAUUGAUUCUGAUAAUAUCUUUUCUACAUAUUCUUGCAAAAUAUACGGCACAAGAUACAGAAAUGGUUUAUAUCUUACGACUACAUUGAAUUGCGUGACUGAAUUGUUAGAAAUCGUUGAGAUUUUAAAAAUCACUGAUAACAUUUAUAUUGUUUGCCAGUUGUGGGAAUGUGGUCAGUUUGAUGAACAUUUUCUUGCUUUCGAAGUCAUACGACGUAUUGAACUUUUCAAAGUGCUUCCUUUAAAAGAUUUUGACGGUUCCCCAAUAACAGUGCAUUCUAUUAAAAAUAAAGUAUAUUAUCGAAAAAAGUACAACUAUGUAGAUGACAUCAGCGAAAUGUAAUUAAUGAAUAUGAUCAUGUAAUGUAUAAAUGUAUG